AUUGAACGAGGAGAAUUGACAAGAUAAGCGCAAGAGCGACAGCGAGCGACCACACUGUCGAUUAAUUAUGUAGAUUUCGUCAACACGCAUAAAAUUUUCCGAUUCGAAAACGAAGAUAAACAUAAAGAUCAGGAAUAAAAAUCGGCUCGUAGUAGUUCGAGACAUUAGCUAAAGUUAUCGUCCCCCCCGAAAUUUACGCUUUUCGAACAAUUUCUGGAGUUGUUUUGCACCUGAAUUCGUUUACGUUACGCUCGCCAAUCGAGAUUGCAAAUCGAUGUAAAGUUGAUUUCACUUGCUCAAGAAAUCACGCUUGUGACGGCAAUCUGAAAAAAUGGUUUCCGCGGUUGCCGAGAAUGUCACCGCAAGGAUGAAGCACGCGGUGCAGGGCCUGCCGGACGAGGCACGAUAUACCGUCAUCUGCAGUGGGGCUGCCGCGGUUGCGCUCAUCCUUACCGUGCUUUUGAAGUUUGCAGCCGACAUGGGCCUCGACAACCUGUUUGUAUGGCACCCCAUCUGCAUGGUUUCUGGCUUCGCUUGCAUGAGCGCUGGCUACAUACUCGUCGCCUUUCCCCGCCAGUAUUUCUCCACUGACGGCGCAGUCGCAUCAUCUGUCGGCAGAAGAAAAUACGUCCAUUUGAGUAUUUUACAAUAUGCGAAGUUUUGUAGGCAUUCUUUUGACGGCGCUUCGCGUGAAGACUAGGAAAUCCCGAUUGCAAACUGCUGUUGGGGCGGAAGUCAAUUUUUUUUCUCUAUCCUCACUUCUCACUCAUUCAGGUGUGCAAGUCACGGCGAUGGCUUUGUUUUUCGUCGGAGUGAGCUUUAUCUGGCGCAACCACGCGAGGAUGGGAAAGUCACAGUUUGGCUUUAACAACGGUGUCUGGGACCCGCUUUUCCCGAACCUCGUCCACAUGGCUAGCGGGUAUUUGGUCCUGUUGCUGCUAGUGUUUACCCAGCUCACCGGCGGACUUGGGCGAGCCUUCGGAAAAAUUCCACCCCGGCCUGAGAGACUUGGGGAGGCCCCUGCAAAUGCGACUACUGGGCUGCUUGCCACCCCUGCGGUUGCCGUUGCAAGUACGGAAAGUGAGCCCGAUCCGGAGGAGGGCGAGUCCUGUGCGAGCAGGCUAAAACGGAUCAGCGGGAAGGUGUCGGUCAGACUGUGGUACUGCUACAGCUUUUAUCAACUGUAAAAAUGUCUGGGUCUGGAAGAAUCUAAACUUGUGAUGCUGUCUCUGGAUUCGAAAAAGAUUUGUAUUGCAUGACCAGUAAGAGGAGUAGACUUUGUGCUCCGCGGAGAUGGCAUUUGUCAUGCGGAAUAGGCAUGAGGAAGCGCUCUAAAAAUCUGUGAUGCUACGGCAUGCAUCACAGACAUCAUGUGUCAUGGAAAAUAUGCAUGACAAAUCUAGAAAUCUUCCAGACCCAGACAUUUUUACACUUGAUAGCUUUGUGUACUGGAAUCACAAGUGGUUCGCCAUGGCAGCGUAUCAAAUGUAAAAAUGUCUGGGUCUGGAAGAAUGCAACUUGUGAUGCUGAAUUUGGAUUCCAAAAAAAUCUGUAUUGCAUGAGCAGCAAAGGGAAUGCAAUUUUUGCUACGCGGAGAGGGCAUUUGUCAUGCGGAAUAGGCAUCGCGAAGCCCUCAAAAAAUCUGUGAUGCUAGGGCAUGCAUCACAGACAUCAUGGCCAAUGCAAAACAUGCAUGACAAGUCUCAGAAUCUUCCAGACCCAGACAUUUUUACAUUUGAUACAGCGUACCUGUGCAGCGUGCUCUGCAUCCUCACGGCGCCAUUUCCGCCCCUCUGGGGCCACAAGAUGACGCUCUUUGCGCAGGGACUGGCGGUGCUCUGUGCGGGCGCGGUCUUCUGGGCCCGUUCGGAGCUGGCGGAGAAGUGAAGAGGCAUUAACUUCUUUACGUCCUCGGCGCGUCUGCGGGUUUUGAUACAUGAUGUGUUUUCGUGUGAGAAGCACUUUUUCAUUUUUUUGAUGUACAUAUUAUGUGCAGCGAAAUGAAUGUGGUCAGCGUGGUCCUCCUGUAGACCUCGAAAAAUAUAACGACGACGCCAAGCACAAGCAAAGGGGAGCUCUACAACUGCAAUAUUCAUCAAUGAAUGUAUGUAAUAAAGUAGUCACAGACGACGGCGCAAAGGACCACUCGGCCCACUGUAAAAUACAUUUGACAGGAGCGGUUACAGUUUACCUGACGUUUAUUUUUGGUACGUGGAACUCUUCCUGUGCCUCAAGCUUUCAUUUUUUUCGUAAUCGAACGAACAAGCACAAGCAUGAGCAGCAUCGCAUCUAUUUUUUUGAUAUUUGGUGGGAAUAAAGGAAAAGGACCUCCCAGAACCUCACAAUAGUUGUUGACCUUUGAUGCGACAGCAAAAUGGGCGUACGACGAUUGUGUGGCUGAUAAUGU